AUGACGUCCAUGCGCCCCAGCGUCCGCGCCGCCAACAUCACAACCACCAAGACCUCCUUCCCAAUGGAUGUCACCGCUGAAUCCAUCUGGUUGAAGAUGCAGCUGGGCUUCUUGUACGACGAAGGUCUUGCCAUCGGACUCCUGGGCGGAACCCCGAAUCCGCCGUGGGAAGACGUCCUGUCCCAGGACAACCAGCCUCAUCUCUGGGAGGUUCUUACGGACAUGUUCCGCCACCUCGGCCUUCCUGGCGCUUUGGCUGUGCGUGCCCACUGGGACAAUACCGACGACGGAGAACACUACCUUCGAUGGCAAUUUCCCGAAAGUAUCGCCAAGGAGGUACUGAGCUUGUUGCGCCGCGAGAGCGAGGUCGACGAGUCCGCGCCCGCACCUGAGCCCACGUCUGAGCCCACCUCCGAGCCUGAGGCCAAGGACAACGAUGAUGACGAGGAAUGGGAGAAGGUGGAGGAGGAGACCGAUGACUACGCCAAGGAGUAG